AUGCAUCGAUCCAUCUAUCUUGACCAAUAUCAGUCAGCGGUUGUCUCAAUACUGGCUGCAACUGAUGGCUCUGUCCCUCAGUCCAACCAGUAUCAGGCGGCUUCGGCUGCCAUAAUCUACAAGGGACGUCGCAAGCUCAAGAGGACUCGCUAUGUCUCUGGCAGAGUUACCGCCCCAGAUGCAGAACUCAAUGCCAUCUCGUGCGCAGUGCGCCUUGCUGUUAAGCAGGCAAACUGCCAACACAUUAUGGUCUUUACUGACUCUAUGGGCUCGGCCCAUAGAGCGGUUGACCCUGGCGUGCACUCUGGUCAGGCUUUUAGCUUGUCAGUCUGUCGCGCUCUCCAAGAGUGGUUUGAGGCGGAUGAUCUCUGCCGUGUUACCUUUGUUUACGUCCCAUCUGCUCUGCGGUGGGACAUCCAUGGUGAGGCACACAAGUACGUCACCGAGCUCAAAGUCAGGGUUGGACGUCGUAAGACGGACAACUCUAUAGACGCGCUUCGCUCCCGAGCAGCGCACUCAGUCCUGGAUUCGUGGAACUCCACUUUCCAGGAUCCAACCUACCGAGGCUCUGAAUUUUUAGAGCUUCAACAGCCUGACGGGCGGCUGCUACAGCCAUCGUACCUCAAUGGGGGACCUUGGCUUUCAACCUUCGGACACAGUAUCACUGAGUUCGCUCGCGUGUGCCGGUGUAUAACUGGCCAUGCGCCCAUUGGAGCGUACUACCAUCGCUUCAAGAUUAAUGAGCCUCACAGCUGCACUUGUGGGGCUGCCUUGCAGUCCCGACAGCACAUCCUCUUUCGCUGCCGCAAUUGCUACUCCAUGCACUACCCCCGAUUUCUCAGGGACAUUGCAGCUUUCAUGAAGUACAACCCUACGGCGUUUGGCUUCACCCGGGACCCUUUGGGGGUCGGAUAA